AUCAAUGAGAAUUCAAUGCAGAAUUGAUCAAGACUUGGGCCCCCGAUACAUUCGGACUCUCCUCUUCUCUCUCGCUCGCUCCGCUCCGCUCCUCCAGCCGCCUCGUCCUUCCCUUUUUUGGAGCCACAUCGCUACUUCACUGCCCACCUACCGAUGGCCUCCUCCGGCGGGAAUCCCAAUCUUUUCAAUCUUUCUACCCCUAACCCUAGCACCGGCCCACCGCCAUUCUCCCAGCCGCCAGCCUACUCCGCCCCGCCGCCAUCGUUCCCUUCUCCGCCUCCCCACACGGCAUACUCCUAUCCACCUGCUACCCCUCCCUUCCACCACCACCCAUUCCUCCGCUACCCUCAUGACCCCCUUCACCACCCUGCCAUAUCUCACCCCACCCCCAGCCCCCACCUCCCUAGCCCUAGCCCUGCCGCCAACACCAACCCCGGCGCCAGGCUUAUGGCGCUGUUGAAUCCCCCGGCCCAGUUAGAAUCCGCUGUUUCGAUGCCGCCUCCUUUCUCCGUGCCAUCCGAGCUAUCGCCGCCUGCCAACGCAGCUAUACUGCAUCAGACCCCGACGGCACUGACUGUGACUCAGACAGUUCCGACCAGCGUGUCAAGCAGUAAGCUGCCUCGAGGGCGCCUGGUGGAAGACGGACACAGGACUGUAUUCGAUAUUGACUCUAGGUUGCCAGGGGAAUCGCAGCCACCCCAGCUGGAAGUCACACCUAUUACCAAGUACAUUUCGGAUCCGGGUCUUGUUUUGGGUCGCCAAAUCGCUGUUAAUCGGACAUAUAUAUGUUACGGGCUCAAGCUUGGGGCAAUUCGCGUGCUGAAUAUCAACACAGCGUUGCGUGCUCUUCUCAAGGGGCAUUCCCAGCGAGUUACAGACAUGACUUUCUUCGCUGAAGAUGUUCACCUUUUGGCAAGUGCGAGCAUUGAUGGAAGGGUCUUUGUGUGGAAGAUUGAUGAGGGACCAGAUGAAGAAGAAAAGCCACAGAUAUCCGAAAAAAUAAUAAUUGCCAUUCAGAUUGUUGGAGAUGGGCAGUCUUUUCAUCCACGAGUUUGUUGGCACUCUCACAUGCAAGAGAUUUUGUUUGUUGCCAUUGGGAAUUAUGUGCUAAAAAUUGAUACAAUUAAACUUGGAAGAGGAAAAGAUUUUUCAGCAGAAGAACCUGUCAAGUGUCCUGUUGAGAAACCAAUUGAUGGGGUCCAGCUUGUGGGAAAACAUGAUGCUGAAGUGACAGAUUUAUCUAUAUCUCAGUGGAUGAUAACUCGAUUGGUGUCAGGAUCAAAAGAUGGCAUGGUAAAGAUAUGGGCAGAUCGCAAAGCAGUGCCACUUGCCACGUUGAGACCACAUGAUGGCCAACCUGUUAAUACAGUCGCAUUCAUCACAUCUCCUAAUCGGCCUGAGCACAUCAAUCUGAUCACUGCGGGACCUUUAAAUCGAGAAUUAAAAAUCUGGACUUCUGCUGGUGAAGAAGGUUGGCUCUCGGCUACUGAUUCUGAAUCUUGGCAGUGUAGUCAGAUCUUGGACUUAAAAAGUUCUUCAGAACCUCAUGACGAGGAAGCAUUUUUUAACCAAAUUGUAGUUUUGCCUAAAGCAAAUCUGGUAGUUAUUGCGAAUGCUAAGAAGAAUGCUAUAUAUGCAGUGCAUAUAGACUAUGGCCUUUUUCCAGCUUGUACACGUAUGGACUAUAUAGCAGAUUUUACUGUUGCAAUGCCUAUUUUGAGUCUUACUGGUACGAGUGACUCACUUCUUGAGGGGGAACAAUUGGUUCAACUUUAUUGUGUUCAGACACAGGCUAUUCAGCAAUAUGCAUUGGAUCUGACCCAAUGUUUACCACCACCAUCUUCUAAUGUUUUGGCAAAAGAUGCUCUACCUUUCCCUUCUGAUUCUCUUAGUUCAGAAGGAUUAUCUGUGUCAGCAUCAUCUCUAGGACCUUAUACCAGUGAUCCUCUCGGGGUGAGUUCCUCGCCGCAACUGUACCCUAUAAUAAGCAACCAUGGUGCAUCAGCAACUCCAUAUCCUAUAAACUUGGUUGCUCCUGUGGUCACAAGUACAUCUCAAACCAAUACAGCUAAACUUCAAGACAAAACAAGUGUCCCUCAACCUGCUGAGAAAGAUACUGAUGCUCAGCAUGUUUCAUCUUCUGUAUCUGUGAAUCCAGACCUAGCGGGAAGAGCAAGCAAGAAUAUCUCUGAUAAAGGUUCUAAGCAAGGAGUGACUAUUAGCGAUCAUAUUGUGGAUCAAUUUGUUUCUGAUCAUUCAAUUGACAUGAGAAUUGACUCAGUUGUUAAGAGUCCACCUGAUGUUCCUUCCAUAAAUAAUAAGUUGCAAAAAGAUGAUUCUAAAUCUGGAAAGGAUGACCCUUCUAUAGCACCAAAUCCUCUUUUGAUAUUUAAGCCUAGUGGAAACAUGACACACCUAAUUACGCCAUCAGAAAUUCUGUCAGGUAUCAUAGGUUCCUCUGAAAUUAGCCAUGCCAAUCUGGAUCCUGUAAUUGAAGAUGCCAGGACUCGCGAUAUGAUUGCAGAUACCAAAAUGGAGAGCGAAAAAAUAGAAGCAAUGGCCAUAGGGGAAGACCGGCGAGGUCAAGAGGAUUUUGAUUCUCAAAAAUUGCUUCAAGCUUCUUUUAUUGAGAAUAGGCAAAUGUCUUCUCAGGAUUUAGAAACUGAACUUGAGGUUGACAAUGAGAACUCUUGUAUGAUAGCAACUUUCAAUGGAGAUGUCUCUGCUGAGACAACAGGUAAGCAACCUGCUAUCCUUGAGGAGUUAGACUACAACAAGGACAGAAGUGAAAAGGAAUACGCUGUUAAUGCAACAUCACAUUAUUAUUCUGCUGAUAAAGGAAUGAAGCAAAAAAAGCAAUAUCAAGAAAGUGGCCUUUCAUCCCAGUCAUCAAGCCCGUUUGCUUCUACUGAUUCUUUGAAUGAAGGGAUUGGUUCUAGUGUUCCAACUGCUGAUGCUUCCAUUCCUCAGAUUCUUGCUGUACAAGAAAUGUUGAACCAGGUCAUGAUCAUGCAAAAGGAAAUGCAGAAACAAAUGAGCAGUAUGGUGGCUGCACCCGUUGUCAAAGAAGGCAAAAGAGUGGAGGCAGCAUUAGGCCGGUGUAUGGAGAAAGCUAUUAAAGCGAACACAGAUGCUCUGCUGAUUCGUUUUCAAGGAGAAAAUGCAAAACGGGAGCGGAUUGGAAAGGACCAGACACAACAUAUUAUAAAUGUGAUCAUGAAUGCUGUGAACAAGGAUUUGCCUGCAAUUUUGGACAGGAUUUUGAAAAAGGAAAUAUCUGCAGUUGGGCCUACUAUCGCUCGAGCAAUUACACCAAUUAUUUCUUCUGCAAUCACAGAAUCAUUCCAGAGAGGAGUGGGGGAUAAAGCUGUGAAUCAGUUGGACAAGUCCGUUUCUUCAAAGCUUGAAUCUACAGUAUCAAGACAAGUUCAAAUGCAGUUCCAAACUUCUGGAAAGCAAAUGCUUCAGGAUGCUUUAAGAUCCUCCAUAGAAUCCUCAGUGGUACCAGCAUUUGAGCAGUUUUGUAAAACAAUGUUUGAGCAAAUAGACUGUGUGUUCCAGAAAGGAAUGAGCGAACAUACUGUUGCUUCUCGGCAACAGUUUGAGGCAGCACAUACUCCAUUGGCACUUACUUUGAGGGAUGCUAUCAAUUCGGCCUCAUCAAUGACCCAGAAUUUCACCACUGAGUUGAUUGAUGGCCAGCGUAAGCUGUUAGCUCUCAUUGCUGCUGAAAACACAAACUCAGCUCAUCCUAUUACCUUGCAGCAGAGCAAUGGAUCCAUACCUGGUCUUCCAGAGAUGGCCUUGUCUGUUCAGCAAAUAGAGGCACCUAUGGAUCCAAAAACAGAAUUAUCACGACUAAUAUCCGAACACAAGUACGAGGAAGCUUUUACUUUAGCUCUUCAAAGAAGCGAUGUGUCCAUUGUGUCUUGGUUAUGUAUGCAGGUUGACUUGCAUGCCAUUUGUUGCACUGUGCCGCCUCCUCUAAGCCAAGGAGUUCUUCUAGCUCUUCUACAGCAGCUGGCAUGUGACAUUAGCAAUGAGACAUUGAGGAAGAUAAGUUGGAUAACGGAUGUGGCCGUCCAAAUCAAUCCAGCUGAUCCUACAAUCACUUCAUAUGUACGACCGAUCUUUGAGCAGGUGUAUAGUAUACUAGCUCAUCAAAGAUCACUUCCAACUACAGCCGCCUCCGACUUACCCAACUUGCGUUUAGUAAUGCAUGUUAUAAAUUCAGUGCUGUUGAGCUGUAAAUGAUCCCCAGCUAAAUCGUCGCCCUCCCUCUGCAAUGACAAAUUCAGUUCUUUUGGAAGCUCAUUUCUGAUUAGAAGUUGUAUAAAGGGAUGAACAAGGACAUAAGAGGUUGGUUAUCAAUAUCCGAAGGCCCUUUUUUUUUGUGUGUUUAUCAGAUAACACAGUCGAAACCUUUCCAAUUUGUUGCCUACUACAGAUAUAUUUCCUAAUUGUGGUUAGUCGAUUGAUAUCGAGAUCA